UCUCUCUCUCUCUCUCUCUCUCUCACUUCCUGCAGAGUCAGCGAGAGGGAGGCAAGUCUCUCCUCCCUCCAGUCUCUCUCUCUCCAUCAUGGCGAAUACUCCUCCGCUUCUCCUCCUCCUCCUCCUUUCCCUCACGUGCUGCAGUCUGGGAGCUGCCUUGGAGUGUUCACAGAAGGAGGAGGAAAUAGCGUGUUCAUCCGAGGAGAAGUGUGUCAAGCUACGAUAUGUGUGUGAUGGGGAGAAUGACUGCGAGGAUGGGGAGGACGAGGACCCGGACUUGUGUAUGGUUUUCAAGUCCCACUAUGGCUGUGAGAGAGAGGAGGUGGCAUGUCGCAGGAAUGGGGAGAUGGAGUGCAUGAGGCUACAGAACUACUGCCAAAUGACAGAUCCUCCUUGUCAGGGCCCCAUUGAUGCCAAGAUGUGUAAGGUAUUGAAUGACAACACCAUUCAGAAAUUUUCAUCCAUUUUCAUCUCAGCAGAUGGACCUCCAGACCCAAGCUGGCGUCGCAGUGAGGAGCUCGGCGACGACCUGGUGGCAAACUUAAACAACACUGUGAGCCACCCAGACUGUCCCGAGAUGUUUACCAUGGUGGGCGACCAGUGCCUGUCUGUCUUCUCUGUCGGCAAGGUGAGCUGGGGUGAGGCGCGAGCAUUCUGUCGUGUGCUGGGUGGAGACCUGCUGACCUUCAAGAGUGUGACCCACUUCACCACAGUCAUCAAGCACCUGCAGGACCAUCAGCUGACAAGUGACUUCUGGCUGGGAGGGAGGCAGAGGGAGAAGGGGAGAGGCUGGACCUGGCUGGAUGACACUACCAUGGUCCUCGGUUCACCCUACUGGGCUGUCAGGCGCUACGAUGAAUGCCAGGUCCGAAACAUCACCACUUCCACACAUAACACUCGCGAGGCAAACGGCGCCACCUGCUACCACUACCGUCAGGCCCCAGAACCUUCCUCCAGGGGAUUCUGUGCUGGUCUCUCCUACACCCACUUCUUCUACAUGACUGAUGAAGAUUGUAUGCACCAGAAAAGUCCCCUGUGUGUGUCCAGCCAGCAGCAGAGUGGUGGUGGCGGUGGUGGCUAUGGAGGUGGUGGUGAUGCUGGGUACUUCUAAAUAAUGGUGGUGUGCAUUUUGGAGAGAGAGAGAGAGAGAGAGAGAGAGAGAGAGAGAGAGAGAGAGAGAGAGAGAGAUUAAUAGUGUUCUGUAGGAAAAUUGUUACUUGGAAGCAGUUUUGUAUCUUUUCAUCUUUUGCAACUCCUCUUACUCUUCUCAUUUUCUUUCCAUUUUCUUUUCCUCUUCCAGUUUCUCUUCUUUAUUUUUUUGUCUAUUUCUCUUCUUUACUUUGUUUUCUUUUUCUUUUUUCUUCCUGUUUCUCUUUUCUUCAUGUUUGUUUUCCUCUUCCUAUUUUCCUUUUCCUCUUUCCUGUUCAUUUUUCUUCUUUUCCCAUUCUUCUUUCCCUAAUUCUUCUCCUCUUCUUCCUUCACCUCUUACUAUCACUACUACUACUACUACACCCCCACCACAAUUACUGCUUCCAUUAUUAUUACUAAUUUCUUGCUUAAUAAUUACAAUUAAUACAUACUUUAGUCAUUUAAAACCACAAAUUUGCCAACCAUAAACUCCCUCUUGAAUUAAACAGAGUAAAAGAUAAUGUUGAUAGUGAUAAGAAUAAGAAUAAUAAUAAUAAACCCAGCCAAGUGUGUUUUUUUAAUGUUUUUUUUUUUGCCUUUCUGUUUUAUUUUCCAUGUUUGAAUACUUGUCACAAAUAUUUCAUAAUAGGUUUGAUUUCUUUGGCUGGACAAAUAAACAAAUAAAGUUC